CAUUUUAUUCUUCACAAUAACCAGCAGCCUCCACCCACUGGUCAGCACCUCCAGUCGUUGGAACAGAGUGGCUCUCACGAGUGUAUUGCCAGAACUUUGUCCCACCAUGACUUCCCAUUGGAAUUGACAGGACAUACUGAAGUGGAUCCCUAUGCUACAUUUCCUUAUGCUGAAGUCUCAUCACGCACUCGCAAGCUGGCAGAUUCUGUUCCCACCACUUUGGAACUUGCCCUGGCCAAAAUCAUGCAUGGUUAUUUAUGCAGCACUUCAGAUCCUGGCGAACUGUCAUCCGUUUCGCAGACAUCCCUUGAUUCCUACAGAGUGCGUGUUCAUGUACGAGACGUAGAAACACAGACAGAACAGCCACAGAGGAGAAAUGCAUGUGUAAACACAUUGCCACUUAAUGUGCGUGAAACAUUGCGGCUGAUUCCUAUGGAGCAACCCCUUUCAAAGGCAAAAAGCAUGUCAUCACUCCACCAACCAGGAGAAGAACGCUGUGACAGAUGUGCCACUCCACCACUUUCUUCACCAAGGUCACCAGAAGGGUCCCCACCUGCUCACCGGGGAUUUGGUCACAGCUAUGUGAGCAGCCGGGCACUUGCAGACUUUGGUCGAAGCCUUUCACUGAGCCAGUUCUUGUGUGCACUGACAGACAAGAGGGACUUUGAGGCAACUGAUCCUGAUGAUGCUGAAGAAGUGCUGAAGCAGAUUCUUGCACGGCAACAGCGUGAACGUGAAGCCCUGGAAACUCGCCACCGCCAGGAACUGGAGUCACUAAGGCAGCGCCUACGCAGUGGCACCAUCUCACAUGGCCUGCCCUGGGACCCUCCUAAAGCAGACUGCCGGCCUAUUUCCCACUCCCAGUCGGCCCCACACUUCACCCACCCACACUUUCCUCCUCUGCAACAAAGUCCCUACUUUGGCCAACCUAUUCCCGAGCCCAUACCAGAUUCAUCCAGGUACAUGCAUCGCUCCAACUCUGAAGGACUCCCACCUGUGCCCGAUGCUGCGCAACAUGCUGCACGGACUCGAACUCUAACAGAUGACCUGCUUCGUCUAGUUCAAAUUAAUGGUGCCUCCCGUGGUUACAGCACACCUGUGUCGCCUGGUUGCAGUACAAGUCCCGAGCCCAAGCCGACGCUUUAUCAACUGAUGCAUCAGAGGAGUAGUGCAACACUGCGCGAUCCAUCUCCACAGCGUACAACACAACAAUUCACAGACAUGGUGGCACAGAGGGUGGCAUCUCUGAAUAACCCUCCGGGGGUGCUUUUCCCGCUGCCAUCAAGUUUACAGUCUGACCCAUUGUGGCAGUUACGACACUACAGUGCAAAUGGAGGACACCGGCAUCAGUAGUGUACCACAAGGGAUAUAUGUUGGCGGCGGAGGAAGUGAACACCAAAAUUCGGUUCUACUGGUGGUGCUUGAAGAGCCUCUCAUUAAAAAGUAUGCUACAACACAUAAUGUGCACUUGUGGUGCAAGGACUGUGUAGCCCAGUGCUGUACAUGCGACGUGGUUUCAUGUUCGAGAGCUUUACUGCAGAGUAGCCAUAUGCAAUGCAUGGGGCAGUUAGCUCUCCUCAUGUUCAUUAGAGGUAGUGCAGAACCCAGCUCAACCAUUUGAAACACCUUUGCAACCCGAGCAUGAUUCCUCAUCAAAGUGCCUGUAUUAUGCAACGCAUCUGCCCUGUGUAGAGGUAGUAGUCGCUUUUCUUACCCCAGCAGCUGACAUAAUAUAUCUAGAGUGCAUUCCACGAAGAGGGUGGUGCGUGGGACAACAUUGGAAAGGCCUUCCUUGCGAAGUCCGUUCCUGCCAUUGGAAAUAUGGUCAAACAUGGACAUUGGCUCGAUGCAUUUUUUUGACGGAAUGCCUUUUGUAUUUAGGUAAUUGAUACUAUGCGUACAUAUUUAAUAAAAGGAAAGUUUUACUGCUGUA